CACUACGAGUACUCGUACGUACGAUACGGCGUACGUAUCAGUUCAUUCACGAGCGAUGGGCCAAUCAGAGUUUGAAUUUGCAUAACGGAAACUACUGCGAAGUAUGUAUUUUCUGCUGUGUUAAAAGUCACCCCCUUUUUCUUAUGAACCCCCAAAUGGUGCCUUGCGUUGACUCGUACGGAGAAAAGAACCAACAAGGAAGAACGAAACACAUCAUCCAUCACCGUAAUUCUGAAGCCGAGACGGAGCAAGACAGACCGAAUCAUCCAUCAUGCCAUUCCGUACGGUAAAGUAUUUUUUGGUACUUUCUUUCGUUUCAGAUUCAGACUGCUUAUUUUUGUCGAUCGAAAAACGAAACACAAGCAAAACCACGAUUCUGUUGCCCAUCCUCCUAGGGUAGUACCGAACCGAGAACAACCAGUGGUUGGUCUUGGUGAGACGGAGACCCCCGACCAUGGCGUUGCUGUGCGCUCUCCUCCUGAUCCACCUGGUCCUCGCCUGGUCCGGCCCCGCGACGGCCCUGACGAGCCAGAGCGGCGGGACGGUCGGCACUUGCACUCGCAUCGCCGCUGGCCUCCCCGCACGGCACCGGAAUCGCUUCCACCCUCGGACGGCGACCGCGCGGGCCUCGGCGCAGACAGAAGCCGCACCCGAAGACCGCACACGCGCCUCGUUCGUCGUGCGCAUCCCCGAAAAAGUCUGGAGGGCGGCGGCCUCCGAGCACCGGGCCCGGAUCAGGAGCCUCCUGGAGCCGGGCCUGGUGGGCCUCGACCACCCGUCGAUGGCGAGCCUCCGCAAGCGGUUUCUGGAAAUGGAGGAGGACGACCGGUGGUCCACCAUGCUGGAUCCGAAGCACCCCGUCUACAACUUUCUGGUCGAGUACUACGGCCUCAAGGGCCUCAAGGGACCGAAGCGGCUGGCGAGGUGGUCCCCGGCCAUCGGGCUGUUCUUUGCGGGGGACAACCACAACAACGGUCCGUGCGGCGAAAGCGGCGCGGACCCGCACACCGAAAGGGAGGCGAAGCCCGCGGAAGGGGUCCGGGUCCGGCGGAUCGAAUCCCUCGGCGAGUACUACGAGCUGUCGGCCGCGCACUUUGACGACGACCGCGACAACAACCACAAAAACAACCCCCGGAUCGAUUAUUCCGCCGAUCGCUGCGUCUUUCUGGAGGGGGCGACCCCCGACGACUUUGGUUCGACCCUCCACCUCAGGGGCGCCGAGUGGAUCGGGGGCGAUGUCGAAAGCAUUGGCGGCGGCGGCGACGACCACGAAAUCCACCCGAUCCCUUCCGGCAUCGCAAGCGACCUCAAGGGGGUCCUCUACCGGCCCACGGCCUCGAGGAACGGAGCGGCCCGGGAGGACCGUUGUGGCGAAACCCCACCGCUUUCCCGCGCCACGAGCCUGCUGUGGUACCGGUCGGUCCUGGAGGCGACCGCAUCGAACGAUCCCGUGCUGCACUGCUACGGCCUCCACGAGUGGGCCAUGCAGUACCAGCCGGAGGGGGCCCGAGAGCCCCCCUCGGGCCGGUACCAGUCCCACCUGGCGCUCCGGGUCUCCCGGACCACCAUCAACGAGACGGUCGAGCGCAAGGGCGUCUCGUGCACCCACGUCGACGCCCUGCGGUUCUUUGCCCCGGCCGCGGGCCCCCUCAACCACCACGGGGCCUCCCUCGAGCGGACCGACCAGCUGGGCCUGGAGCAGCCGGCCUGCGUCCACGCCCACAUGGACCUGCUCAAGAUCGCCCUCCGGCUGGUCCCGUACUGCGAUCCGGGCCUGCUGCUGGACGUCCUGGGGGUCGCCCUGAGGGCCCGGGCGCUGGACGUGGGGGCCUCGCCGAACGAUUGCUCGUCGUACCGCUGCCGUUCAUGGGGGAACGCAACAGCAGCAGCAACAGCAGCAGCAGCGGGAACCACCACGCCCAUCCGAACGAUCCCGAUCGAGACCCCGGCGGGGCGGGCCCUGUACAAGGAGCUCCAGAAGGAGCUCAUGGCCGAGGCCGCACCGAUCCGGGAGCGCCUCCUUUCGAACUACGAAACGGUGCUGCGGACCAUGUACACACCGGACCAGCUGGAGGAGGCCUCCGAGAAUCCCUCCGACGAGCGCUUUGCCAGGGCGGAACCGGGGGGCCUGCCGUGGAGAAAGAACCUUUUGGAGAGGGUCGCGUAGGAGAUCGGCAGUGGGGUAGCAUACUUCUACUUCUAGAGACUAAUAUGAUAGAUGAUGGAUUGGAUGCGUAUGAAACAAAACGACUACUUGCGU